UUGACCCAGAAAACAAACUCUUCUGACGACCGAGGCGCGCUUGAAGUCCGCUGCCGAGCUGCAUGUAGCGGAGCAUCACCGGAGCACCGAGCCGGCACCAGUCCAAACUUCUCCGUCCGAACCUGAGUCCAGCUGCCCUCUGAACAGGAAGACCAAACAACCAUGGCUGAACACAUGAUGAUACCCAUGACACAUGCCUUCAGGAUGGGCCUGAAUGGAGGCCCGCAACACAAUGGCCAGUCCGGCCUGCGAAGUCUACCUAACGGCCAGGUGAUGCAUUAUGGGAGGAACCAUCAGAAUAACAUGGAGGCCGCCAUGAGACACAGACCGGCAAUGGUAGGACCAGGAGGCAUGGGUGGUCCUGUGAAUGGAGCUGCUAUGACCAACCAUCAUCAACAGAUGAUGUCCGGAAACAUGAUUUACAAUGGCCAAAGCCUACAGCAGCAGCAGCAGCAGCAGCAUCACCACCACCACAUGCACACACAGCAACAACAACAACAGCAGCAGCAGCAGCAGGGUGGACACCCACAGCAAUAUCUCCAUGGUAACCUCACAUCCCAGCAGCUCAUGGCCAGCAUGCACCUGCAGAAACUCAAUACUCAAUAUCACGGACACCCACUGAGCUCUGCCAAUGGCCAUCACUUACCCAAUGGGAGCCAAUACAGGAUGGGACAGACCCAACUUCCAAACAUGCCCCACAUUGGUGGACCUUUGGGGCUAAAUGGAAUGGACAUGGACCUGAUUGACGAAGAGGUUUUGACUUCUUUGGUGUUGGAAUUGGGCUUAGACCGUGUUCAGGAGCUUCCUGAACUCUUCCUGGGGCAAAACGAGUUUGACUUCAUAUCAGACUUUGUGUGCAAACAGCAGCCGAGCACUGUGAGCUGUUGAACAGUUUUGCCAGAAGCUCCUAUUCGUGGACUGGACCUGCCCAACGAGGGACUAGGUGGCAACAGUAUGACAGCAAAAGGAGACAAUCUUGGUUGCUCCCGCUCGUGUGACGGUGUUAGAUACGUCUCCACACUGACCCCGUCUGCCGGUGUUGGAAGACUUUUAUAAAGCAAAAAUGCUGUUCAAGUGCCAGGUUUCUUUUGUUAAAGUUGGAAGCCAGUAAGAUCUGUUGCCCUUGGUCAAACCGGGGCAUCCUGAUGUAGCGGCCCUCAGCUCACGUGCCUACAGUGCGAAAGCUUUUAGAUUGCUGUAAAACCAACAGAAGAAGGAAGUCUGAAGACUCUUCAUCUGGUUCUGUGGCAUCUGUAAAUGAAUUUCAUCUCUGAAAGUCCUUUUUUUGCUGUAGCAAACCUGUCAGUCACUGAUUUUAUAAAAAAGAGGCAUCAGGAGGGGGAAAUGUUUUAACAUUUUUGAGUUUCUGAAGGCUGGCUCUUCACUAUGACCUCCUACAACAUGUGACUGGAGAGCUGGUGUACUGGGAGGUGUGGCAGUCUGGUGGGUUUUACGAAGACUACUUCAAGCCAGAUGGCCAGCAUCGUUUUUUUUGCCUUUUAUUGUCUUUGACUGAUCAAACCUUUUAUAAUAUCAAAAUUGAAGCUACCUAACAGUCUGUGCUUGAAUCGUUAAAAGGAAACAAAAAUCUUAUAUUAGAGGAACUUCACUGCCACAUCUCAAACAUUUAUUUCUUUACUACAGCCACUGGAGUCCUUGGUUUAUGGAAGCACAAUGGCAUUAAUGUGUGAGUAACAAAACGGAAAGGAUUUUUUAUGACUGAGGAUUAUUGAAUCGACUGCUUAUGUUUAUGUGCAUCUAUAUACUGAUUCGACUGACUGUCAGAAGGUGCUAAAUCUGACAGUUCCAUGAUUUAAAUUUUUUCUUAAGGUUGCCAGUACCUGUGGAAUUGAUGUUUUCAGGCUUGAAAGACCAAACGUUUCGUUUUAGCUUACUUUGCUGCUUUUCUAGUGAUCAGACUUGAUGUGCUCACACACGCGUCUUAAAUCAAGUUAGCUUGUACAUUCCCUGGUGAAUGGUAAAUUU